CGUGAUGAGGCGCUGCAUCAAAUCCCAGGAUUAUUAUUAUUAUAAAGUAGAAUUGGGUUCUCUGGUUUAUAUUAAAGUUUUUAGAAGAAAGUUAUUUGCUAUGAGCUCCUUUCGCUAUAGCACUACUGACUAACAAACAUUUAAUUACUACUUAUCCUGAAACCCCCCCUUUAUGGAUGAUAUCAUUUGCUUCAGGGGAUUAAACUCUAGUGGGGACUGGAAAGAACAGAUGUUCAAGGAAAAAGAAAGAGAGAGAAAGAGUGUGGUGGAAGUAAGUAUAAACUGGCUUACAAAAAGCAAGAGAGUGACUCAAGACUCAACGUUCUGAGGUUAAGAGAGACAAGAGAACCUUUUGGAGAUUUUUGGAAGGAUGGGAAAGAGGGAACGAGGUAAAGUGAUUGUGAAGAGAGUUCAUGGCCACCGGGGAAAACCGCUUCAAAGCCCAGAUGGACUCAAGAUGGUGAAGUAGGGGGGGAGUGAAGAGCGAGCAAUGGAUUCAGCGUUAGUCAAACUUCGUAUUCUUCGAAGUCUCACUAUUUUGCAUUCACCCGAAAUCGUUUUGGUAGGAAAUCAGCUACACGUUUAGAGACUGAGUCAUGCUUAACUCUCUAAUCUGCUCCACAGUGUAACCAGUUGAGUUCAGUAUUGGGUCUUCAUAGUUUCCUAGUUUUCUGCCUUGACAGAAUCAUGGCGUCUGUUUAUAACAAUGUCAAGCCGGUUUUACCUAAUACCUUGAAAACGUUGUAACCCACUCAAAUGGUAUCUUUUUCAAGCCAAUACUAACAUUAGAAGGAAACAUAUCUACGCAAUGACCCUCCGCCCCCCCCCACUUAUCUUUGAAUGUAUUAAAGCUUCCCAUCCAAGCAAUGUACAAUUCCUUCAACCUUGGAAUUCGGGAUCGAGGCACCUUUACCGUAAACUACAGGAGUUGUAUAAAAUUUCGAGUAACAUACCUCUUAAAAUGUGUACAGUAUUUUGUUUAAACUGCAUGAGCGUUAUGAGCAGUGCUGAAGCGAUUUCUCCAGUCGUAUGGAAAUAAACUGAUCAGUUUUACAAACGCUCCUGUUCUCCGCGUGGAAUCAAUUCACGUAUCGAGCAGCGCAUCCGUUUCAAACACGCGGGUAAAAUACAAACACAGUACAACGGCAAAGGACAGCAAUUUGCAUUUACGCAGCGCCCUUCAUAUGGGGUAGCAUCUCAGAGCACCUAACAGCGGCGGACCCUGACUCAGGGGUUGGUGGGGUGGGGUGGUGGGGGACGAGGAGGUGAUUGUGAGCAUGGUUGAAUAGGAAAGUCUUGAGUCGUGAUCCAAAAGAGGAGAAGAAGCAGGGCAAGGCGGAGCAACUGAGGGGACGGACAUGGAAAAGUACAUGCUAAGUAGCGGCUGUCGAGGAAGUAAGAUCAAAUGCCAAACGUCAGCGGAAAUUUCUUGAUAUAAGUCACAACCCCUAGAUUUGAAGAUUCUCUAAAUUGGAAGAAGCACUUCACAUUAUGAAUGAGUGAGUGAGUGAGUGAGUGUGUGUGGUUUUUUUUACACGGGCAUCUGCGAUGGCUCUUGUGUUAGAAAAUUUUUGCGUGUUGAUAGCUGUUUCCUUGCUUGUCUGCGAAGCUUCAGGUUGUCAAGAACACCAAUAUCCUUGGGAAGUGAAAGGGAGUUCGUUCUGUUGUUCAAUGUGUCCCCCAGGAACAAUUUUGGAGAGCCGAUGCAUUGACGACAAGGCCAAGGCCAACUGCAAGGACUGCGGCCAUGGAAAGUAUUCUGCCGAGUGGAACACUUACUCUCAAUGCCUCAACUGCAAAUCUUGUUUGGAAGAAAACGGGGUCAGAUAUAAAAAGAAGUGUAACUCAGACUCAGACGCAGAGUGUGAAUGCCUACCAGGCUUUUUGAGUGGCUUUGACGAUUCCUUCAGCUCAACUUGUAAACGGAUAUGUGAAAGAGGCAAUGAACUAAAAGGAGACUCUAAAAUGUGUACACCAUGUCAAGAAGGAUAUUUUUCAGAUCAACUAAACACACAAUGCAAGCCUUGGACAGAUUGUGCGGCAAAAGGGCAAUAUUUACUUAAGAAUGGAUCCACGAUGGAAGAUGCAGAGUGUGGUUCAACCAUCCCUACUGUGAGGUCACCCCUUUCCCGUGGGAUAGCAAGCAAUAUCUCUGCCUCUACCUCCACUCCAGCUACCUCCAUUGCAACAGUAAUUAAUACCUUGCGUAGGCGAACUACCUCUUCAACAGCAGUGGGCAAAACAACACCGUCAAGAGAAACCACACUUUUAAUGGUUAUCCUCCUAGUAUCUGUACUCUUUGUGAUUGUCUUGAUUGGGAAAAGAGUAAUAUGCUUCAAAAUUAAAAACCAAGUUUUCCACCAGUGUUUUGGAACCAGGUGCGGAAGAGAUAUGCCGAUCCCAGUGCAGGAACAAUCCGAACAUAUUGUGUCCAUUUCGUAAAGCGUAACGAAGGUGUGGCAUCCAUCGCGGCGUUACGGAGACUGGGGAAACUAGGCGGCAUCGCCUCAAUAGAAGAUUCAGGUGUAAGCUUUACCAUUAGUACCCUUUCUGUAACGACUGUUAGGCAACCUUCAGCUGCAAGGCAGACUGAUCCAAACCUGAGAAAUAUAGUAAUCAAUUUACAAUGUUGAACGUGUGUGUGAA